UUUUAAUUUUUAUAAUAAUUGAUGUUAUAAACAUCGAAACGAUUUCAGUGUAUACACUAUAGUAUGAUUAGAACUAAUAUUGAACUGUUUAUCUUCAAAAAAGUCUAAAUUUCACUAAAAACUAAGUUUCACAUCACAUUUCAUAUACGCGAGCUUGGCUCUUGCACAAAUAUGCGUUUUUUUAUUUCAGUCUAUGGUUCAGUUUUUAGAAAAAAACGAUUAAAGACCUUAAUUAAAGAUAAUAUACCCAAAUAUCUACCUAUGUUCUGUCCCCUGUGUAACAUCCAUAACAUGACUAAAAUACUAAAUAAAUAGUCAUGAACAAUCUUUUAUCUAUGGUCAUGAAUCAUGAUCCUUUUAACAUAGGUAAAUAAUAUUAUCCUAAUAAUCCGUCAAUAUGAAUCUGUCGCAUUUUUAUUGGCCAUACCAUAGAAUAGAAUGGAUUAUAACGGUCAUACUGUUUUUCACAAGAGUUUAAUCAGUGUUUAGUUAUCAGUACGUUAUACUGAAUUACUAAAUAGUAAAUAUUACUUAAUUCAUUACUUUUAACUUUACGUUUUCAUCUUUUCGAUUUCCAUCGCCAAAUUACCGAAACGACUUGUAGGAUAGAUAAAUUAUGUAGCAAUAAAGGUUCAGAAUUUGUUUUUUGGUUCUUAAUUAUUGUUUCUUAAAUUUGAUUGUUAAAAAAACACCACUAUCGCCAGAGAAAAAAAAAUAUUCUAGAUAUUCGAGUGAGUUGCUUACUAACAAUUACUUUUAAUAUUUUGCUAAUACCACUUAUUAGCGAUUGAAUUAUUUCAUCAUUAAACUGUGCAAAAAUGGGACCAAAACAAGCCGGACGAUCGGUGCGUAUUUUAUUAGUCGGCGACAGGGACGUUGGUAAGACUUCGAUCAUAUUGUCCUUGGUCAAUGAAGAAUUUUUAGAUGAAGUGCCUGGGAGGGCUGAAACAAUAACAAUUCCUGCUGAAGUUACCCCUGAAUUGGUACCUACAGAUAUUAUCGAUUACCAUGAAAACGAACAAGAUAAUGAAGAGUUAUGCGAUCAGAUACGGCAUGCAGAUGUGAUUUGCUUGGUAUUUUCUGUGGUAGAUGAUUCUAGCAGGCAAAACAUUAGAGAUAAAUGGAUGCCAUUAUUGAGAGACUGCCAAUUGAACUGUGAUAUUUAUCACCCUGUUAUAUUGGUUGGAAAUAAAAGCGAUCUCGUCAAUAGUAUUUCAAUGCAUCUUAUCGAAGAUGUUUUAUAUGAAUAUCCAGAAAUAGAAACCUAUGUUCAAUGUUCAGCAAAAAUGUUGAUGAAUAUUAGUGAAAUGUUUUGUUACGCACAGACAGCCAUUCUACAUCCCACAGCUCCUUUAUAUUCUGUUGAGGAUAAAAUUCUUACUGAAAAGUGUAAAAGAGCUCUAUGUCGUAUAUUCAAAAUCUGCGAUGUAGAUAAUGAUGGAUUGCUUAACGAUGAAGAACUAAAUAAUUUUCAACGCCAUUGUUUCGAUUGUCAUCUGCCUUUACAACAACUGAAUGGUAUCAAAACUAUAAUUAACAUGAAUUGUGAACGUGGAAUAUCACCAUCAAACUGUGUUACUCUUGAAGGUUUUUUGUUCCUGCACAUGUUAUUUAUACUAAAAGGAAAAGCACAAACUACUUGGACUGUAAUUAGAAAAUUUGGAUACAAUGACGAUUUAAAUUUUUCAUACAGCUAUCUUCAUCCUAAUUUAAAAAUAGAUAAACAUUGUACCAUUGAGUUAUCUCAUAAAGGUGAACACUUUUUAUCCCACUUAUUUGAGACACAUGACAAAGAUAAAGAUGACUGCUUGAGCCCAGUUGAGUUGAAAUCAUUAUUUUCCAUGUGUACAGAAGACCCACAACUUUUAAGGAAAUGCAUAUAUAAUACAAAUCAUAAAGGAUGGAUUACUUCUCAAGGAUGGCUGUCUUUUUGGUCUUACUGUACUCUGGUUGAAGCCGACACUACAUUAGCGUAUCUAGCUAUGUUAGGAUAUAGCAUGAAACCAGAAAACCAACUUUCAGCAAUUCAAGUUACUAGGAGUAAGCAAAUUGAUUUACAGAAGAAACAGUCUCAGCGUUCUGUAUAUAUUUGCCAUGUGAUCGGAAGUAAAGGCAGUGGCAAGUCAACAUUAUGUAAACGACAUGUGAAAACUGCAAAAAUUGAUAAUGACUCUGAAGAUUCUGAGGAUAUAACAUCAGUUAAUCGCGUUCAAGUAUACGGUCAAGACAAAUAUUUGGUUUUAAAAGAAAUUAAGCCAAUUAGUGAAAAUCAUUUGACUAAAAAAGACAUUAUAUGUGAUGUGGUAUGUCUAGUAUAUGAUUCUUCGCAGAGUUGUUCAUUUGAAUAUAGUGCACAUGUUUAUUUAAAAUAUUAUCAGAGCAGAAACAUCCCAGUUUUAAUCGUAGCAAAUGACAAAGGUAGGCCCUUAAUGAAACAAGACUACAUAUUACAACCAGAUCAAUUUUGCAAACAAAACAGAUUAUCAGCCCCAUAUAUGUUUAUUAAUUCAAAUGAAGGAAAAAAACUAUACUCAAAUUUAGCCACWAUGGCUUCCCUUCCACAUAAAUACAGUCCAAAUCAAUCUAGUCUUAUACCAAGUUUACGAGAAUCAAUUUUAUUCAUCUGGAAAACGGGCAUUGGUGUUGCUAUGGUAGCUCUGUGUGGCGUUUUGGUUGGUAAAUGUCUAGUGAAAUCGAAGAAARAUCUGCUUAGUUAAGAAAUUCAGAAUAGUACUAUAAUAUUGUUGUUUUUAGAUUUAUUUUAUUCCAAACAUUAAUAUCUUAAACUUCUAUUUUUUUUAAAUUAUCGUAUUACUACUACAUAGUGUUUAUUUUUAUCAACUGUAUUUAUCAUGAGAACCCAAUAUCGAUAAAUAUUUAUGUWUACAUUCGUAUAACAUCGAAUACCAAUGUUUUGACAGCAUAAAUAUGUAAAAGCUUAUAUUUCCAUGUGUAGAAACGUUAACCUAAUAUUGUGAUUACCUUGUAUAAGCUUAUUUUUUUAUUAAGUAGAUUUUGAUUGUUUUUAAAUAAAAUAUAAUAAUAAURUUA